UGUACAACCAGAAUAAGCAAACAGUUUCAGUUUCUCAUUGUUAGUUUUUCUGUAUUUUAUUAUUACUUAUAAAAAUAUUAUGUAAAAUAUAUAUUGAAAUUAUAUCGGGGCACCAUGAUCAUCGGUUGGUGCUUCAUCUGCAUAUUUGCAGUGCUGAUAAACAAAGUGUGUCUGCAGGUCACAGUAGUGGGUUUUACUGGCGGUUCUGUUGUCCUCCCGUGUUGUUCAACUGAACAUAAUUUUAAACUUCAAGACAUUAAUGUGCUUUGGAGAGACAAACACAGUGAGAGUAUUUGUAAUGUAGUUAAAGGGGAAGAUUCAGUAGAGCGACAGGGCCUACGGUACAAGAACAGAACAGAAACUUUUCCUGAGGAGUAUUUGAGAGGAAACUUUUCCAUCAAACUCAAAAAUCUGACUCACACUGAUGCAGGAGAUUUCAAUUGUUUCAUCACACACUCACAUGAACUUCGUACUGUACAGCUGAUCAUAAAUGAAACAGCAGGAAAAAGAAACCAAUCCAGUGAACAAGAAAACCAAGGACCAGAAACACAAUCAGACUGGACGAUCUUGAUCUGUGUUUUUACAGUAUUAAUUGUAAUCAUUGUCGUGGCCGGUAUCGUGGCCAGUUUCAUGUGUCUCAGGAAAAAAAGGUUUUCGGCUGACUAUAUAGGAGCAACAAUGGCAAGCUGAACGUUUGAACAGACUCACUUUCUCUCAUUUUAUGACUACAGUACAUUUGAAGUGGAUCAAAACAUUUCAUCAAAGUGGUCCUAAAACCAAAACAAUACCCGUUCUUGUCUUAGGACAACUUUGAUAAACUUUUUUGUUUGGCUUCAAAUGUUGACUACUGUAUACUGCAAGGUAAAUGUUACUUUUAGCAGAAUUUGUACAGCUUUAAUUGUUUCUUAAUUAAAUACUGUGUAAAAUACUGUUAAGGCCUAUUGCACCUUAAGUGUCAGUGGCAUCUGAGCAAAGCAUUUUUUUUUUCAGGCACCCAUGUUAACAAAUAGGAGUGUUGAGUUUAGAAGCUUGAAUGCCAUGUCAUGAUUAACCCUUUAGCGUAGUAAAAUUUGCCUAAACGCAGUGUACUGCAGGCGGUACAGUGGAAUGCUAGCAGGUUAAUUGUAUUUUCUGCUGCAACUCAUGCCGCUCUCAUGAGUGCAGUGGGAAACAAGUAUUACUCUGUUUUGUGCUGUUAUACUCUUGUUGACAGAAAACAAUGAGGGUUCCCAUGGGUCCUUGAAAUCCUUGAAAGUUUGUGAAUCUGGAAAAAAAAAAUCAAGGCCCUGGAAAGUUUUUGAAAAUAGACAUACAUAGAUACUAUUCUUUGAAAGUGCUUGAAUUAAAAAAAAAAAUCCAUAUUA